UGUGUUCUAAGAGACAGUCUCGCAAUACCGAAAAUGGUUCAAGCCCACCUCCCCGGUGCGACACGACUUAGGGCUGUCGGGGGAAAUUGACUGGGGAUGGGGAAUGAUACAGGCGAGGCGAUUGAAGUCACUGGUUUCGGGAUUUUCAGUCAUUGCGGCAGGUUGGCGGGGUGGUUACGAGAAAUUCAGUGUUCAAUUGGGAAUUUUAUUGAGACUGUUCGUAGUGUAGAGAAAUUGGCGUGCAUUGGUAGAGGAAACAAGGCGAGCAGACAAUGGCGCAUGCUGUAAGCAACAGCAACAAUGCCUUCUCCCUGAGCCUCCAUAUGCAAGCUGAACCAGUA